AUGGGAGGCGGACCAGAACUACCCUACCGCCAGAAACAAAUGGAGCCAGCCGCAAGCCCAAAUUCCAAUUACCACGCCGUGGUGGAUCUAGGCAGUAACGGAAUACGAUGCUCCAUCUCCGAUCUUUCAGCGCCAACCACUCGAGUAAUCCCGACUGUGCACUUCCGCCGCGUCAACAUCUCGCUCUACGAAGCCCAGCUCGAUCCCGAGACUGGCGAGCGCAUCCCCAUUCCCAAAUCAGUCAUUGACCAUGUCGUCUCUGCUAUUCUGCGAUUCCAGAUAAUCUGCGUCGAGAUUGGUGUACCGCCCCAGAAUGUCCGCUUCAUCGCAACAGAGGCUACUCGGACGGCGAUCAAUUCUGCCGCCUUCACAGAUGCAAUCCGCGAGAAGACUGGCAUUACAGUGGAGAUGCUGCGAAAGGAGGAGGAAGGGAUUAUCGGAGCAUGGGGGAUCGCUAGUAGCUUCUCCCACGUUGAGGGCCUAGCGCUCGACCUAGGAGGAGGUAGUAUGCAAAUCACCUGGAUCGUCUCGCACGCGGGCGAUGUGCAGAUCAGUCCGCAGGGCGCGGUGAGCUUCCCCUACGGUGCGGCGGCAUUGACGCAGAAGCUUGCAGACUUGGGCCGAGGGAAGAGCAAGAGCGAGGCGAAGGAAGCUAGGGAGGAAUUUCGGAAAGAGAUGGCCAGGAAUUUUAAUGAGGCCUUUGAACGGCUACAGAUCCCCGAGAGCAUGAUGAGCCGAGCCCGAGAGCAAGGAGGGUUCCCGCUUUACUUGUCCGGUGGUGGCUUUCGUGGCUGGGGCUAUCUGCUUCUGUACUUGCACCAAACCCGCGGGCAGAACUAUCCUAUCUCCAUCAUCAAUGGUUACACGGCGCCGAAGAAGGAAUUCGAGAAUACCGAUGUGUUAGAGGAAGUUGCACGAGAAGCCGAUGAGAUAUUCCCGAGUGUUCCUUCUGUUGCUUUCCUAGUGGAUGUAUUGGCGAAGUCGGUUCCUUAUGGGAUCAAGGAGGCACACUUCUGCCAAGGUGGAGUCCGAGAAGGAGUCCUCUUCCGUCAAAUGCCCCCGGUGGUCCGUCAGCGCGACCCUCUGGAGGUUGCCACUACUCUCUAUGCGCGCCCAUCAGCUCAAAUAAUCGCCGCGUUGUUGCUGGCUGCCCUACCACGACCAGGUCUGGGGCGAUCGGUACCAGAGUCUAUCACCAUACACCUGAUCCAGGCGUUUGCAAAUUCACUGUAUGUCCAUUCAACAAUGCCCAAGGAACUCUCGUCGACCGCUGCGCUUUACAGUACGAGCGCUGGAUUCUUGGCUUCAACACAUGGAGUGCCUCACUCGCAUCGUGCGCUUCUGGCCCUACUACUUCAAGAACGGUAUGGUGGAGAGUUGCCACCUCGUGAUGUUGGGUACAAGGGCCACAUGCAAGGAAUAUUGACACCUGAGGAAGUGUGGUGGACUCGGUACCUGGGGAAAUGGGGAUAUGUUCUCGGUCAAUUAUACCCAAUUGGUAUAAUUAAUUCCUCCAGGCCGCGUAUCAUCCCCUCUGCUCGUUGGGUGACCGGGCUAGGCAAGAAGGGCAAGAAGGAUGGCCUUGAACUCAAAAUUACCGUCCAAAAGGUGGAACAUGACGCGACUCAUCUCAAAGAAGAAUUGGUGCACGAUACGAAGAAGGUCAUAAAGGUUGGGAAACGCAAGAACUGGAUCGGAGGGGAGGAUGGUUGGGGUGUUAAGGUUGUGGUCGCAGUCGUGGAGGAGGAUCUGUUACCGGAGCCAUGA